GCUGCCUGCCAUGGCGGGGUGGUUGAGCUUGUGCCUGGUAACAAUUUCCACGGUACUGGCCCUUUUGUUUCUCAAGCUCUCCGGCCGCAAGAACAAGGCCAAGAAGAAGCUGCCUCCUGGACCAUGGACUCUCCCCAUCAUCGGCAGCCUCCACCACGUCGUCAGCGCCCUACCGCACCGCACGAUGACGGAGCUGUCUCGCCGGCAUGGGCCGCUGAUGUUCCUCCGGCUAGGCGAAGUCCCCACCGUGGUAGUCUCCAACGCCGAGGUGGCGGCGCUGGUGAUGAAGACCAACGACCUUGCGUUCGCUAGCCGGCCAUGCAGCGCGACGCAGGACAUCUUUGGCUGCGGCGGCAAGGGCAUCGCCUUUGCCCCCUACUCCGACCACUGGCGCCAGAUGCGCAAGAUCUGUGUAAUGGAGCUGCUCAACUCCAAGCAGGUGAGGCGCAUGGAGGGCGUGAGGGCCGAGGAGGCGGGCAACCUCGUCCGCUCCAUCGCCUCCUCGACCGGCGCCACAGUCAACGUCAGUGAGAAGGUGAGGGCGCUCAGCAACGACGUCGUGUGCCGGGCGGUUUUCGGCGGCAAGUUUGCUCAGCAGGACGAGUACCUCCGCGAGUUGGACGAGGCGUUCGCGCUGGUGGGCGGCUUCUGCCUCGUCGACCUCUUCCCGUCGUCGCGGCUGGUGCGGUGGCUUAGCAACGGCGAGCGCCGCAUGAGGAGGAGCUAUGCACGCAUACAGCGCAUCAUCGCUGCUAUCGUCGACGAACGCAGGGCCACGCAAGCUGCCGGAGAUCGCCCCUGCGGCGACGACGAUGAGGACCUGCUGGACGUACUGCUCAGGCUACAGCUGGAAGACUCGUUGGAAUUCCCUCUAACCAAAGAGAUUAUGGGAGCCGUCUUGUUUGACAUGUUUGCGGCAGCCACACAUACCACAUCAACUGUUUUAGAGUGGGCUAUGUCAGAGCUCAUGAACAAUCCUGAAGUUAUGGUUAAGGCACAAUUAGAGGCGCGAGAGGUCGUACGUCAACAUGGAGCUGUCAUUACUAAUAACGUCCUUGCGGACCUACACUACAUGCAGAAGGUCGUCAAGGAGGUCCUUAGAUUGCAUCCGCCCAGUACUCUAAUCCCCCGCAUGACUAGAGAGGAUUGUACCAUCAUGGGUUAUGACAUGUUUAAAGGCACCAAUGUAUAUGUUAAUGUAUUCGCAGUUUCCAGAGAUCCAGGAUGCUGGAAAAAUCCUGAGGAGUUUAAGCCCGAAAGGUUUGAGAAGAACACCAUAAAUUUCAAUGGAACAUACUUUGAAUUCCUUCCCUUUGGAGCUGGACGACGACAGUGCCCUGGGAUGUUGUUCGGUACAUCGACGGUAAACAUCACACUGGCAUAUCUUCUGUAUCACUUCGAGUGGACGUUUCCUAUCGGGACUAACCUUGAUAUGUUUGACAUGUCCGAGAAAUUUGGGUUGGCGGUAAGCAGAAGGCAUGACUUGCAACUCAGAGCUAUUCCACACGGCAGCUUGAAAGCUAUGGGGUUAAAGUGAUAGAGAAAGCAUGUACCUGCGUGGCAUUGUAUGAUAUUAUAUCCGAACCUUCAGAAUAUGUACAU